AUGGCCAACGGUUCCGGUAGCGGAGGCACUUCGCUGGCUCCUACGCCAACCCAUCCACACCACUUAUCCCGGGAACCGAGUCGAGAAGACGUGGAAAUGGCUGAACAACUCAGCCAGUUGAACCAGGCCCAGGACAAUCGCGCCUCGAGAAUAACAUCGCCUCCGCAAGCUCACCAAGCCGCGACCCCACCCCCAGCGCAUACCCCCGAAAUCUACCACUCUCUCGAGGAUUCGCGACCUUUGCGGGAAAGCGAGCAACCAGAGCAGCCCUCAAUGCCCACUACUCCAGCGUCCCUCGCUCAGCCCAAUCUUGGCUCGGGGAACGCGCUUAUCACAGGCCAAGUCUGCAGCAACUGCGGAACCACGAAAACACCCCUGUGGCGGCGAUCGCCUGCUGGAGAAACUAUCUGUAAUGCUUGUGGUUUGUACCAGAAGGCAAGAAACCAGUCACGCCCAACUAAUCUCAAGCGCAACACCACAGCCCAACCUACCCUGCCCAUUCACCAAAACCCAGCGCCAGGCCAGGGACAUGACCGAAGCGCUUCACCAGCAGUAGCAGGUGUCUCACCGAGGCCUGCAACCUACGUCGCAUCGGACCAUGAAGCCGCUGGAACUUGUCCUGGUGGCGGUAGAUGCAAUGGCAUGGGAGGUCAGCAAGGCUGCGGUGGAUGCCCCGCCUUUAACAAUCGUGUGUCCAAGACGGCUCAGUUUGCACUGGCACAGACUAGUGGCCCUUCAAUCGCCACUGGAUCCGACAGAGGAGCAUCGGCGGCGACGAGCGCAAUUCCCGCCUGCCAAAAUUGCGGAACCACAGUGACGCCUCUUUGGAGAAGAGAUGAGGCUGGACAUACCAUCUGCAAUGCCUGUGGCCUCUACUACAAGCUUCAUGGCUCACAUCGACCGGUCGAGAUGAAGAAGCAAGAGAUCAAGCGCCGGAAACGUAUCGUUCCUGCCGACAGCAACAGUACUCAAGCGCCGUCUUCGAUUGCCGGCUACUCACCUCAACCCCGCGCAACGCACACUCCGGCUUUCGAGCACUCAGUAUCGCCCGAUCCGUCCACUGCAAUCGAAUCGAGCGAGCUUCCCUCGGGGGUCAGAGCACCCGUACCGGUCGACUUCACCACCUACCUGGGCAAAACUGCUCACCUGGGCCCCCCUUCGCCGUCUACGACGUAUGCUGGAGCACCUUCGCCUAGAAAACGUAGCUUGAGCGCUACCCUAGAUACAGAAGAAAAGCCCGCGACACCAGCACCCCACCGACCGAAUCCUAUCUCGUCGAUUUUGAACCCGGCUGCGGCGCAAGACACAAACAUCGAUCCAUCGCUAUCAAGCCUGUCGCAAAAGAGUGCAGACUCCCCUUCCGCUACCCAAGAAGACAAGACCACCCGCAAAGAAAGACUCAAAAGAGAAGCAGAGUUGAUGAGGCAAGAGCUGGCGAAACGCGAAAGAGAACUACAAGAGCUAGGUGAUGACUGA